UCCCCGGAACGGGGUUUGAAGUCGUGGACGUGACUGGGAGGAGUCUGCCCGCCUCGGCCUUCCGCACAGGGAGCCGGGCCGCGACCAUGGCGGAGCCCACGGUGUGCUCCUUCCUCACCAAGGUGCUGUGCGCCCACGGCGGCCGCAUGUUCCUGCAGGACCUGCGCGGCCACGUGGAGCUCUCGGAGGCGCGGCUGCGGGACGUGCUGCGCCAGGCCGGGCCCGACCGCUUCCUGCUGCAGGAGGUGGAGGUGCGGGAGGGCCCGUGGGACGCCGAGGCCGAGGUGGCGGCCGGCGAGGGCGGCGCGGGCGGCGGCGGCGCCUCGGCCUGGCGGGUGGCGGCCGUGUCCUCCGCGCGCCUCUGCGCCCGCUACCAGCGCGGCGAGUGCCAGGCCUGCGACCAGCUGCACCUCUGCCGCCGCCACAUGAUGGGCAAGUGCCCGAACCGCGACUGCUGGUCUACCUGCACCCUUUCUCAUGAUAUCCACACACCUGUCAAUAUCCAGGUCCUGAAAAACCAGGGAUUGUUUGGUCUCAAUGAGGCCCAGCUUCGGAUUCUGCUUUUACAGAAUGACCCCUGCCUUUUACCAGAGGUCUGUUUGCUCUACAACAAAGGUGAAGCCCUGUAUGGUUACUGCAACCUCAAGGAUAAAUGCAACAAGUUUCACGUGUGCAAGUCCUUUGUCAGGGGAGAGUGCAGGCUGCAGAAGUGCAAGCGGUCCCAUCAGCUCAUUCACGCUACAUCCCUGCAGCUGCUGCAGGACCAAGGACUGAAUAUUCCAAGUGUCGUUAAUUUUCAGAUAAUUGCUACCUACAAGCACAUGAAGCUGCACAAGAUGCUGGAAAAUAAAGAUAAUUCAGCUGCUUCUGCUGAGCACUCCCAGGGCCUUGAGAAACGAGGAGUACAUGUAGCUGGGGCUGCAGAGGCCAGUUCUCUGGUCUCUGGCCCUGCUCAAUUGACCAAGAAGCCAUGUGCAGGUAAACCUUAGAGGACGUCGGUGAAAUAAGAAGAAGAUUGUCCAAUUGGAAAGUCUGAAAACAAAGCUUCUGUUGAGAUUUAAUUUGUAACCGUUCAUUCAUUUAGUCGUUUAUUAACAAUAGCCAUAAUAAUACCUACCUCACAGGUUGUGAUGAGAAUUAAAGAAGAUGGAAAAGGAGAAAAUGCCAGAUUGGGAGGAUAAAACUGGGGAUGGGUGAUUGGGGAUGAGGUUGGACAUUGAACAGACAAAAAGAGGGUAAAACCUGAGUGUAGAUGAGGUCAGUCCUGGGCAAAUCCUGCAGUUCCCAAGAGCUUUCCCCAGGCUGGCUGACUGGAGCUCUUAAAGAGGCAGGAUCCUGCUGACUUGUUCUGGGACCUAGCCAAGUGCUUUUCUGUACACCCAUAUACAUAGUUUACAUUGUGGUAUUCAGAGAGUACAUAUGCUUUAUGCUCUUUUUUUCCCCUUAUUAUUCUAUAAGCAUCUCUCCAUAUUCACAUUUAUCAUGCAUAAUCAUUUUUAUGCACAGAUACACUAAUAUGUCAUCGUUGGCUUAACUAGUUCCAUUAUUCUGGGAUAUUUUGAUUCUUUCUAACAAAUUUUACAUAUAAUUCUUUUCUUAAAAUCCACACAAUAUUUUUAAAUUUUUAAGUUAUUCUUUACUUUUGCCUCACUUAUAGUUGCUGAAUGAUACUCUGGAUUUUCAUUUCUUGAAACAUGUAUGUGGGAAUUCCCUGGAGGUCCAGUGGUUAGGACUCCGAGCUUCCACUGCAGGGGGCAUGGGUUAAAAAAAAUACACACACACACACACACACACACACACACACACACAUAUAGGCAAGUAAAUAUUCUUCUGUGUGUCUUUUUUCUAUAUGUCUUUAUUUUGUAUAGUUUGUACAUGCCCUUUAAUUGCUGGGGCCCUCCUCUGUGCUGAUGUGAAUUGGCCUUUAAUUAGGCUCCUUAAUUUUCAUAUAAGGAUGUUGACUGUAUAUGGUAUGAUAUCCAACUCUUAUGGAUCCAUCCUCAGCCAACCUUAGAGUGUAUAACUUUUGGGUGCUCACCAGAGAUUUCUACCUCACUCUGUCUACUUUCCAUUUCUUAUUAAACUUUUACCAAAGCCUCAGAGUCCUAUAGUAUGAAGGAUGUGUAGCUCAUACAUCCCUCUAAGUUGUAUCCAUUCUCUCUGUGAUCAGGAUGGACCAUCAGAAAUCUAUAUACCUCACCCGUUCCAUACUGACUUCCCCUUUCCCUGCUUCUCUCUGCCUCUGCCCACCCAGCUGUCUCUGUUAAGUUGUACCUGAUGUUUAGUUCUUUGUUUUCAUCAAGGGGUACCACAGAGAAGCAGCUUUAUGAAAUUCUUUCCAGUGUUUGCUGUGGUAAUAGCCCCAAAUGUUGGUAGGUAAAGUGUUUUUUUGUUUGUUUGUUUGUUUUUUAAUUUAACUGUCUGGCAAUAACAUAACAUUUGAGAAAUAAGGCCAAAGUAGUCAGCUUUUCAUCAAGCUAAAUUUAUUUCAUUUAGAAAAUUUUUAAUCAUGAAGAUUUUUCUUUUCCAUUGGGGGAGGUGUGCAAAAAUGUCCUUUUUAAAGUGAGAAAGUGCUGUGUUUUCCUCUAGUGAACAAUGAGUCACACAACUUAUAUUACUGUCUUCAUGUUGGUUGCCAACAACAGUAUUUCUGAAAGCUCUUAAGUUUUUUAUAUCUUGUUUCUUUUUUCUUAGUUAUGAUUUCUCCUGGUGCUAAUUUUUUUUUAAUUAUCUUUAUAUUUUACUAUUAUUAUUAUUUACAUUUUAUUCUUCUAGUAUUAUAUUUCUUUUGUAAGCCAUGUUAAAUCCUUAAUGGAAACAAUAUAGUGUAUAAAUGCAUAUUCUUUACAUUAAAAGACAGUCCAUUUUGACAUUAUUGUGUUCUUUUUAUAUAUAAUUAUGCCUUUAUAUAUGAAGUUAUUGACCCUCUGUAACCUUUGUCACAAUAUUUUAUUCAAUUCUAUAAUAUUCCAUUUUAAUCUUAGUUCCAUUGAUAUUCAUCCUAUAAAAACAUUUUAUGUAAUCAUACCUGUCUCUCUUAUUUUAAUUUGAUGAUUCAGCUGUUAGAGAGUUAUCAGAUUAGAGUUUCUUUAGCAAUGUACAGGGCUUAUAAGAUGAAGCUGCACAUCUGUAGGCUCCACAAAUUCCAAAUACCCUAAAUUGAAUGAAUGGCUUUUCUCCAGACUUGUUCCUCCUUUUGUUCUUCAUUUUGGAGUGUCACCACCGAAUGACUGAAGCCCCAAACCCGGAAAUUGUCCUAUGCUUUUCCUUUCUCCUUAUUCCCUGUGUCAGAUUGGUUACCUCAUAUUGGAGAAUUUUCCGCCUUCAAAAUCUCUCAAGUUUUUAUUCUUCUCUACCCUUUUCUUUCCAUUCCCAACACACUGCCUUUUUCUAAACCCUCAUCACCUCUCGUGUAUUUUACAGAUCUGUAACUCAGUGCUUUUCAAGUCUGUCGUGUGAGAGUUUUUUUGUAGGAAGUGUGAGAUGGACCCCGUUACACUUCAAGGAUGGUAGCCCCACUGUAAUUUUCAAUAUAAUAGGCUUCUGUGGAUGUCAUUGAUCUCCUUACCACCCUUCUCUCCCCCUGCUGCCUGGGGAGAAAUGCAGACCUUUUGAAAUGCAGACCUAAUUUUAUUGCUUUUUCUGCCAUAACCUGCAUUGGUCCCCAUCAUAAAACUCAAAUCCCUACAGGGACUAGAAAGUUAAGAUAAAUGGAUAAAGUAAGCUGGAUGUGAGAGGAAUGGGGGAAGAGAGGAAGUGCUGUGGCAAACUGUUCCAUCUAAAAGGGACAGUUUCUCUUGUUUCCAUGUGGGAAUGCGGGGCCCAAUUUGACAUAUAGUCCAAUUUGUCAAAAGAAGCCAAAAAUCCAGAAAUUUUUAUGAGAAAUUGUAUGAUUUUAAAAUACUGACUUUUAAUGGCAUUUUUAAAAUGCAGACCAAUAUUAUGUGUAUCGACUUGCAGCUUUGAGAACGUGCCACUUUACCUUGUGACUCUGUGUGUAAAUGAUGCUCCCUCUAAGUGCCUCCCUUCCCUCCUCCUGCCUCAACACCUGGCAAAAUUAGAUUAAAAUGUCAGGUUAGCCUUUCCUGACCCCAAGACAGGCGGCUCUCCUAGCGUUAUCAGAGCUCUAGCACUUACUGUGUUCCAUUGCAAUGCUUUGUGUUUCUAUUCCCCGGCUUCGAGCAAAAACAUUAUUUAUUCUUGUUGGUAAUUAUAACACUUGGCAGUUAAAUAUUUUUUGCCGUAUAAUGAAGUAAACUCUGCAUCUGAAUCUGUUGAAUUAGUAUCAUAUUGCUUUUCAUCAGUUCUUUUUCUCCUCCGAUAUUUUUAAUAUUCGAAAACUCCUUUUUUCCCCUAAGGAAUGUGUUAUAUAAGGUAAACAUCCUUUUGAUACUUCAGUUGCAAUUGUAUAGGUCUACAAUUAACUCUUUAUGACAUGUUUAGGAUACUAAUUCUUUCCAUCAAGGAAUUAUGUCUUCAUUAUUGACAUAUUUCUUGACUUCUUUCAUUAUAAUUUGUUCAUGUUUUUGUCUGGGUCUUGAAUAUCCCAUAUUGCAUGAAUUCUUUCUUGGCUAAAUAUAUCUGUAUUGCUACUCAGGAUGGGAAUCUCUACUGUUAGAAUGCUAUUGAUUUUCAAAGUAUUUGUCUUUAGGUGAAUUGUCUUUGUUCUAACAGUAUUAGAUGGCCUGUUUUGGGUUUUUUUGUUUUGUUUUAAUAUAGAAUCGUAACUGCAAAAAUGUUUGUCUUUUCUUAUGUAUUUCUAUUGUGUCUUUGUGUUAAAUCAAAUUGUGAUAAAAAGAUUUUUUGAAUAUUUCUUCCUUAAAUAUGAAGUUAAUUGUUGGUUUUAAACAAAUGUUCUCUAUUAUGAUAAGGGAAAUAACAUCUUUUAUUCUUGUUUAUUGGAAACUUUGGUAGAAUUGGUAUCUUUUGAUAUAAUCAUAAUUUUAAUCAUUUAAGUCACCUAAGAUUAUUAUAUUAGUUUCUAAUGGUUUUCAUGAUAUUAAAUCAUCAUUAAAUUCUCAAGUAAGCUCCACUUGAUAAUGCCAUGUAUUCUUUUAAUGGGUUUUUUAUCUUAUUUGGUAACUUUCAAGUGUACAC